AUGGGUAAAUGCAAUGACCUCCACAGACUCGAGUGCCCAGGAGAGGGAAGGUUUCCUGACCUCAAUGCAUGUGGGCAGUUUUACGAUUGCACCUCUGACAGCAACGGCAGCUACGUCAUGACCAGGGAUUACUGUCGGGGCUUCGUGUACAACGCCACUGCCAGGACUUGUAGUGGCGAUGUUCGGUGCAAAUCGCGCAGAAGCCGGAGCCCGCCUAUUGCAAGCCACAAACACUCUCAUUUGUGCGAGUUCAAACCCGACAGUUUCCAGUGCGCCGAUUGCAAGAACUUGGUCAUGUGCAUCAAAGGGCAGGCUUUCAUCCGCCGGUGCACUAGCGGAGCGUUCUGUGACAAGAGAGAGCGGUUCGGAGGCGCCGUGUGCUACCCAGGGAGGCCUCAAGAGUGCACCUGCGAGAAGCCACACUCCCUGCGACAAGACUUGUACGACCCCCAGAGGUUCUUCUCCUGCGAGAGUGCUGGGUCGAAGCCCGAGGGUUACAGGUGCCAGGAUAACAUGAUCUUUGACGAAGCCCUUGGCCUGUGUCGGAACAAGGAAAGCACGCUCUCAUGCACCGAAGCGGGCUUGUUUGCCAUUCCGAAAAGCUGCUCGGAUUACUUCUCCUGCAUCCCGCUCCGACACGGCUGGGUGCAGCGGUUCUACAUGUGCACCAACAACAGGUACUUCAGUCAGAAAAGCGAAGCGUGCAAAGACCCUUGCUCGGGGAACUUCGUGUGCACCAUACCGGGGUACUUCGGCGAUCCGUUUGAUACCCGCCGGUUCUUCGUCUGCUUCGAUGACCCGCUUCGGAUAAUAAAGAUCCAUUACCAGUGUCCUACAGGCCAUGUCUGGAAUUCGAACUUUACACGGGGAGCAGAACAGUGUGUGCCGGAUACUGAAGGACGCUCCCAGGCCCCGUGUUUCGUCCCAAUCGAUAGUUGUCCGGAUGUCUACAUGUUUGAGGAAACGGGCAGAAGCAUGCUAAGUACAGGAGCAUGUGACCAAGAGCCUUGUUUCCCGGGCGUCUCGUGUAACCCGGCGGUCGAGGCCCCCUUCUACUCCUGCGACCCGUGCCCCCCUGGUGCCGAGGGGGACGGGGUGCUGUGUAAGUGUGGCGUCGGUUUUGCGGGUGACGGCAGGGAGUGCCACCUCGACUCCGACCUUGACGGCUUCCCGGACAGAGACCUCGAUUGCCCUGACCCUCACUGCCGCCGGGACAACUGCAUCGCGGUGCCAAAUUCCGGCCAAGAGGAUACCGACGGCGACGCAGUAGGGGACGCCUGUGACGACGACGCUGACGGUGACGGCCUUGGCACCUUCGAGGAUAACUGUCCCCUAGUCUCCAACCCCCUGCAAGAGGACGCCGAUUUUGACGCGAGGGGCGACCGCUGCGACAACUGCCCCUACGUCCCUAACCCUGAACAGAAGGAUACCGACGGGGACUUCGUUGGGGAUGACUGUGAUGACGAUAUAGAUAAUGACGGGAUUCUCAACGAAAUGGACAACUGCCCCUUCACCCCCAACGCCCACCAGGUCGACACUGACGGCGACGGUGUAGGCGACGUGUGCGACAACUGCCCCGAGGACGCCAACCCCUGGCAGGAGAAUAAGGACGAGAACGCAGCAGGAGAUGCUUGUGACUUCGACAUUGACUCGGAUCGCGACGGCGUGCAGGACAGCGCGGACAACUGCCCAGUUCACGCCAACAGUGACCAGGUUGACGUAGACGGCGACGGUGCCGGCGACGCUUGUGACAAGGACAGUGACAACGACGGCGUGGAGGACGACCGUGACAACUGUCCGCUUAUUCCCAAACCAAAGGAUUCUUCCUUCGCCGACGGCCGCUACCGUGGUGACGCCUGCAGGAGGGACUUCGACGGCGACGGAGUUGAGGACGCCAGCGACAACUGUAUCAGGAAUCCUACUGUGCAUAAGACUGAUUUCAGGUCACUGCAAACGGUGUCUCUGGAUCACGACCACUACAUCUUUCCUCCCGAAUGGGUCGUCAACGAUAACGGAACGGAAAUACACCAGACCAAGAGCACCGACCCCGUUCUGGCCGUUGGUCCUCAUAACCUGGGAAAUGUCGACUAUGAGGGAACGCUCUACGUCACGGAUCAUUCGGACGAUGACUAUGUUGGGAUUGUGUUUAGCUACCAAACCAACGCCAAGUUCUACGCGAUGACGUGGAAAAAGGAAACGCAGUUCUGGAGCGCCUUGGCCGAGAAAGGCGUUCAGCUGAGGGCCAUCGACUCCGCAACAGGGCCAGGCCGGGAGCUGAGGAGGGCGCUGUGGGACUCUGGCACCACGGACGGCCAGGUCACAGUGCUGUGGCAAAACGGAACCCUCGGCUGGCACCCGCACGUGGCAUACCGCUGGCAGCUCCACCACCGGCCCGACCUAGGUGUCAUGAGGCUGUUCUUGUACGAGGGCAGGAGUCUGGUCGCCGAUUCUGGGAAUGUUUACGACGAUACGCUGAAGGGAGGCCGGCUGGGGCUCUACUGCUUCUCCCAGCGGGCGGUGGUCUGGUCCAACCUGAGAUACGCCUGUGCUGACGACCUUCCAAAAGCCAUGCUGGACGAUUUGCCUCCGGAGAAGAGGAGUCAGAAGGCGACCUCACUCAGGACACGCACGAGGUUACGACCCCUACCACCCCUGUCCCCACGCCUCCCCCCGAGAACCCCGCGAACCCACGCCUCCCCCCCCCGCGGACCCCACGCCUUUCCCCGCGAACCCCACGCCUUCCCGCGACCCCGCGAACCCCACGCCUUUCCCGCGGAACCCCACGCCUUUCCCCGCGGACCCGCGACCCCAACCCCACGCCUUUCCCGCGGGACCCCGCGAACCCCACGCCUUUCCCCGCGGACCCCGCGAACCCACGCCUUUCCCGCGGACCCCGCGAACCCACGACCCCGCCCCACGCCUUUCCCCGCGGACCCGCGAACCCCACGCCUUUCCCGCGGACCCCACGCCUUUCCCCGCAGCCCCCGCGGACCCACGCGCGAAACCCGCGAACCCCACGCCUCUGACCCCGCGAACCCCACGCCUUUUCCCGCGGACCCCGCGGACCCCACGCCUCCCCCGAGUACCCCGCUUGGUGGCAAGAUUACUGACGAUGAAACGGAUGAUAGGCUACCGACGACAAGGCUACUGGUUGGCUGGACUACUGACGUCUUGGCUCCUCUGUGCCUGGACUACUGA